AUGCCUGAAGGCUCCGUGGUCCCUAGCACUAAGGAGAACUUUGGAGAAGGGACAAUGGGGGCAGCCAUACCAGUUAUGGUUGCUGGGGCUUUGGGGGACCUUCCCUGUGGUCUUCCCUGCCCUAGUGGGGCAAGGCUAUCCUUGCUGCUGCUGAGGGUUAGGGGUCUGCCUCUUACACUUCCCCGAGGAACUCUGCUCUGUCUCCUGCUGCUUCUGCUACUAUUGUUGCCAUGCAGUGAGUCUGUCUUAUCUUGUGGCCAACACCACCCAUUUCGGAAAAUCAUUGGUGGAGAUAUAGCCACAGCAAAGAAGUGGCCCUGGCAGGUGAGCCUUCAAGUAAACCAAGGACACAUGUGUGGAGGAUCCCUCAUAAAUAAGGAAUGGGUAAUCACAGCAGCUCACUGUGUCACUUGGAAUUAUGAUUACACUGUGAAGCUUGGAGAUAUUUCCUAUUUUUCCACUAACUUGAGUACCAUCAUCUCUGUCAAGGACAUCCUCAUCUAUCCCAGUUAUGCAGAAUUAUUUUUCUACAAGAAUGACCUUGCCCUUGUGCAACUAGCAUCUCCUGUGACCUAUAACCAGAUGAUUCAACCUGUCUGCCUCCCUACUGACAGAUUACACUUGAAGAAUGGGACUCGCUGCUGGGUGACAGGAUGGGGCAAGACUAGUACAGAAGAGAGUGUUACAAAAUCAUCUGUGCUCCACGAAGCUGAUCAGUUCAUUAUUGAGAAUGAUCACUGCAACAAACUAUUGAGAAGGCACUUGUUCAUCCCAGAAUUUUUCCCUAUUGUCAACAACAAGAUGAUCUGUGCCUAUCAUCCAGAAGGAAAAGAUGCCUGCCAGGGGGAUUCUGGAGGGCCCCUUGUCUGCCAACUAGGAGAGCACACCUGGGUACAGGUUGGGAUAGUAAGCUGGGGAAUUGGCUGUGGAGAAGAAACUGUUCCAGGCGUGUAUACCCGAGUCAGUAGAUUCUCCAAAUGGAUCAUCAAAUCUAUGAACCUGAAAAACUCCUCCAUUUUGGCUUCUUCCUGUCUCCCACUGAUCUCCAUGUUGCUGCCCUGGUCCAUCCUGAUAAGUCUAUGACACCACCUCCUCACCUCCCUCCAGGCUGGGUCAUCUCACUUUCCCUUCUUCCUCCUUCCCUCAAACCUUCCUCAACUUUUGCUGCUCCCUCCAGCUACUCCCCAUCCUU